AUGGCAAAUACCGUUAGAUUUUUGAUGACUAAUAUAGUGAACAAUGUUAUUUUACCACCACUACAAUAUGGUGACGCUAAUUCAGAUGACUCUGAAGUCGAACAACAAACUGAACUGAUGUAUGAAGAUAAUACGAUAUGGAGAGCCGUACAUGAUGCAGACAAAAUUGCAAUUGAUCGUCUCAUAGAUGCUAAUCCUGAUCUUAUUAAUGAAAGAGGAGCUGUUGGUGAUUGUCCUAUUCAUCUGAUAUUUUUAAGUGGAACAGAUAUACAUUUGGAAAUUGCUCGAGAUCUUAUUCUACGCUUUCCAACGAUGGUAACGCAAACUUAUAAUAAAUCAAAAUAUUAUGGUGAGAAUAUUCUUCAUAUUGCAAUCGCUAAUCGUAAUCCGACAAUGGUUGAAUGGUUACUUAGUAAUGAUCGUUUAGAGCCCUAUCGUCAACAAUUAUUGACAGCAAGAGCUACUGGUAGCUUCUUUAAAAUAGGUGAAGUAUCUUAUUAUGGUGAAGUUCCAUUAGGAUUUGCUUGUUGCACCGAUCAAUGGAAUAUUGUUGAAAUCUUACUUAAAUAUGGUGCUGACAUGGAUGUGACGGACAGUAAUGGUAAUACCAUACUGCAUAUGCUUGUUAUUUGCAAUUUACCCGACAUGUAUACUAAAUUCAAAACUCGUUGGAUAGAGCAGAAGAAUAUGCAUAAUAACACAAAAAUAACUGACUCGAAAUCAACACAACCAUCAGAAUUAUGGAAUCGUUUAAAUAAAGAUCGCUUAACACCAUUGACUCUAGCAGCUGAUUUAGGUCAAGCUAAAAUGUUAUCAUGGUUACUAGACGAACGUAAAAGAACACAAUGGUCUUAUGCUAAUGUAACAUGUGCAUUACAUCCUCUCAAUCAACUUGAUAUUGAUAUUCAUCCAGACAGAAAACAACGAUCUCUUAGUGUACUUGAAAUAAUGAUUAAAAAUAAUAAUGCAGAUUUAAUAAAUCCUACUAUUGUAUCUUUAAUUGACAAAAAAUGGAAAUCUUUUGCUUAUCCAAUAUUUGUUCGACGAUUUUCCUUUACAUUUCUUUAUCUUCUUGUUUUUCUUGCCACAACAAUGUUACGACAACCAAGAUCAGACAAAACAGUGAAUGAACUUGAUGAAAAAACAGGAAUAACAAAUGGCAAAAAUUCAAGUGGUUUUGAAUACUUACUCUAUACAAUCGGUCAUACCAUUGUAAUAAUAGGUGCUGCAUUCCAAAGUGCAUAUGAAGUGCAUGAAAUUCGUAGGUUGGGUUUCGGGAAUUAUUGGAAAAUUAAAGGAUCUAUUUUUCUUGAAAAUUGUUUGGCACUUUCAUUUUGUUUUUGUAUUUUUACUUGGGAAAUUCUUCGUCUAUUUGGAAUGCAACAAUAUGAAACUCAAAUACUUGCUUUCGCUUCUCUUAUUGGAUGGAGCAAUAUGCUUUAUUUCAUUAUGCCAUUUCAUUUUACUGGUCCAUUUGUUAUUAUGAUUUAUAAAAUGUUUUUCAAUGAUGUUCUUCGUUUUUUUAUAAUAUAUUUAAUUUUUCUGACUGGCUUCGCACAAUCAUUUUCUAUUUUAUUCAAUGAAUAUGGUUUGCAAGGCUAUAUGUCAAGUAUCAAACAAUGUUUUCUGGGUUUAUUGGGUGAUUUUGAUCUUGAUUAUUAUAUUAAAGGAGAAUAUCCAUUGACAAGUGUUAUGUUACUUAUUUUCUAUAUUGUACUUAUUACUAUUCUUUUGUUAAACUUACUUAUUGCUAUGAUGGGUGAUACAUAUGCAGAUGUAAAAAAAAGUGCCAAAAAAUUAUGGCACUUAGAACGAGCACGUAUUGCACUUCGUAUUGAAAAUAACAUGCCAAGAUCUAAACGCCUGUUUAGGUUCAAAAAAUAUUGGGUAAAUUUAAAGCGUGAACGUGAACAUGGACCCGAACAUUAUAUGCAAGUGAUAGAAAAAGUGAACAAUAAACAGUUUCAACUUACAGAUAAUGAAGAAAAUGAUGACGAAUACUAA